GAGGAGGAGGAGGAGGAGGAGGCAUGAGCUCCAACUGCAGGGACUCCUCUCUUCUCCUCAGGCUGCCUUUUGUCAUGUAGCCCAGCCAUACCGGUUCCGGUUUAAAAGGGUUUUGUUUUUCGCUGCUCGGUCUCCAUUACUCCCUCUAUCCUCUGGCUUUGGACUGUGUAACAAAUAUCGAGUGACGUGACUGGAUUUGAUAAACCGCUCUCGGAUUUUCUCCUCAAAAACUGAGCACAACAAUCUGUUCCUCUCUCUCCUCCUUCUGCCCGGGCUGGUCGUGGGAAGCGUGGAAAAAAGGGAAUGGGACAGGCUGGGACUUCCACUUUGUAGCUGCCAAACGACUUCUGAGUCUCUCUUGCACUUCUGGUACUGUUAGCUGAAGUUGUGGUGGUCGUAUGUGACCGCGGGAAAGGAAGACCUUAAACGCGUGAAGUCUUUGACAGGCACAGCAGGUGGCUUUUGUGGUAUGAAUGGACUCGGAAGGAAGUUGGUGCCCCCCCUUUUGCUUGGCUCUGAUUGGCAGCAGCGGCAGGAUGCCAUGGCGAUUAGACCAUUCUGCAGUGCUGCUUGACUAUGGGUUGUGUCAAGAGUAAAGAAGACAAGGGCCCAACGCUGAAAUAUCGGCCAGAGGCCUCCAACCCCACCACCGUCCCCUCCCACAUGGGCCACUAUGGACCAGAUCCCACCCAGAUGGGCCAAUCACCUGCCCUCAAGGGCCCCAACAACAGCUACAACAGCCACACCUCUGCUCUCACCCCGUUUGGUGGCUCCUCGUCCACCAUCACCCCAUUUGGUGGAGCUUCUUCCUCCUUCUCCGCGGUUGCUGUGAGCAACCCCUUCCCUGGUGCGGUCACAGGAGGUGUGACAUUCUUUGUGGCCUUAUACGAUUAUGAAGCCAGGACAUCAGAUGACCUCUCAUUCAAGAAAGGUGAUCGGUUUCAGAUCAUCAACAACACAGAGGGAGACUGGUGGGAGGCCCGUUCCAUCAACACGGGGAAGAAGGGCUACAUUCCCAGCAAUUAUGUGGCCCCUGCUGACUCCAUCCAGGCUGAAGAAUGGUACUUUGGGAAAAUGGGACGCAAAGAUGCAGAGCGACUGCUGCUGGUCCCUGGAAACCAGCGAGGCACGUUCUUGGUCAGAGAGAGUGAGACAACAAAAGGAGCCUACUCUCUCUCCAUACGGGACUGGGAUGACAUGAAGGGAGACAAUGUGAAACAUUACAAAAUCCGCAAGCUUGACAACGGAGGCUACUACAUCACCACCAGGGCCCAGUUUGAGACGCUGCAGAAACUAGUCAAACACUACACAGAGCAUGCAGACGGACUAUGUUACAGGCUCACUGCAGUGUGCCCAACGGUGAAGCCUCAGACUCAGGGCCUUGCUAAAGAUGCCUGGGAAAUACCCCGCGAAUCACUGCGCCUGGAGCUCAAACUGGGGCAGGGCUGCUUUGGAGAAGUUUGGAUGGGCACUUGGAAUGGUACUACUAAGGUGGCAAUUAAGACGCUGAAGCCUGGCACCAUGUCUCCCGAGGCUUUCCUACAGGAGGCUCAGAUCAUGAAGAAACUCAGACAUGACAAACUGGUGCCUCUCUACGCUGUGGUGUCUGAGGAACCCAUAUACAUCGUCACUGAGUACAUGGGCAAAGGGAGUUUGCUGGACUUCCUGAAGGAAGGUGAUGGCAAAUAUCUGAAGCUUCCUCAGCUGGUGGACAUGGCAGCACAGAUCGCUGAUGGCAUGGCCUUCAUUGAAAGGAUGAACUACAUUCACAGAGACCUGCGGGCAGCUAACAUCCUGGUUGCGGAUAAUCUGGUCUGCAAGAUCGCCGACUUCGGCCUGGCCAGGCUGAUCGAAGAUAACGAGUACACUGCAAGACAAGGAGCCAAGUUCCCCAUCAAGUGGACGGCGCCUGAGGCUGCCCUUUACGGCCGCUUCACCAUCAAAUCUGACGUCUGGUCCUUCGGUAUCCUGCUGACCGAGCUGGUCACCAAGGGCAGAGUACCGUAUCCAGGAAUGGUGAACAGAGAGGUCCUGGAGCAGGUGGAGAGGGGCUACAGGAUGCCGUGUCCUCAGGGCUGUCCUGAAUCCUUGCAUGACAUGAUGUUAAACUGCUGGAAGAAAGAGCCGGACGAGCGGCCCACCUUCGAGUACAUCCAGUCCUUCCUGGAGGACUACUUCACCGCUACUGAGCCGCAGUACCAGCCUGGUGACAACCUGUAGAGACACGCUCCCUCUACAGACUAGGCUGGGUCAUAACCACCACAGCCACGUCCCAGAUCAGCGUGCCAUCAUCUCCCCUACACCCUCCCUGCACACUUGUUCUCAAAGAGACUGUUUUUGUUUUGGUUAAUAUGCGUUUGUUAUUCACCAGUCUGUGGAAAGCACCCUCAGAACCUCAGUACCCUCGAGGACAAGUGUGUAGUGAAACUCAUCAGGGAAGUGUGCGUCUGAUUGGAGGAGAACCGGGCCAUGCCGUCUCUCGCUCUCUCUUUCUCUCCACACUUGGAAGUGUGAGCUCUACAGAGAGAGGGAGCUGCAGAGAAAAGCGAUGAGCUUAGUGCUGAUGGCUGGUUCACAGUUGCACAAAGGUUUUUUUUAUUAUUUUUUUCCUUUUCUUUCCAUUUGGUCCUCCAUCCUCUCUUGCCCAUCCCCCAACCUCCCCCACCCCCCCAAAACACACACACACACACAUACACAUACACACACACAUUUUUUUCUUGCUUUUCACCCAGUCCAUUGACUCUUUUGAAAUCAAAAACUGAGUUUUUCUUUCAUUUUACAAUGUUAUUGUUGAUUUUUCACAUUUCAGUUUCUUCUUUUUUUCAGUAGUUUCAGUAGAUUGUUUAAAAAGUGACCAAUAACUGUGGUUGAAAACUGACAGCAUUGCCUGAAACUGUCGGUUGUGCUGUCACUGAGAGACAAAGAGAGGGAGAGAGGAUAUUUGCUGUUUGUGAAUGUAUGAGUGAAGUGUGCGCAGAGAAUGAGAUGGAGGAGAAGAGUUUUGUAAGUUAAACGUGGGGAAAGACAAGUGGAUAAGAUUUAUGUCAAUGUCAGUAAUCAAAGUCAUGAUGUAAUGAGUUUUUUGGUUUUCUUUUAAUCUGUUAAAGAAAUUAUGACUUGCUCCAUCAUGGGUGAUUAUUCGUACGCGUCAGCUCCAUCUAGUGCCAGCCCGGGUAUUUGUAUAGUGCUCUGAAGAUGCACUAAGACAACGAUGCCAUUGUCAUUUCAGCCCUUUCUGCCAAUUCGAGGGGGAGCCUAUUUAUAAUCUGUGUACAUGAUUGCUGUCCAGAAUUGUUCAACAAAUAGCCUCCAUUCUUCAGAGUCUCUCAGCCUUGAGGUGUUUGAGCUUUUUUAAUGUUAAAACCAUUAGAACACUUACGUCCACGUUUCAAAUAAUGAAGAUUAAGCCUAGGGCAGCCAAUCUGGAUUAUCCAGCAGAAAUCAGUCUUCAAUUAGGUUUAGUCUAUGUUGGGUCCAACACUAAAUGCACUAGUAUUAUCAUGAAUGCAUAUCAGCUCUAAUCUGUUGUGUUGCUCAUCCAAACAUAUGAAAUGUUGUUGUAGCUGUUCAAGGAGAAAUACUGUCCCUACAUUUCGCAUUAGAAAGGAACCACAGAGAUGUUUGUAAACAACCAAAAUACUCUGCUUGGUCACUUUCCCAACUUCUUGAAGCUACAGCAUGUCUCUCGAACUCUGUCGCCCUCUGUGGUUUGCAGAUGGCAUAACCAGAGUUUCUGUUGGACCCCAGUUAGUCUUGUACACUGCAGAUGGGCUUAUUUACCGAAGCUUCAGCUGAUCCCAGGCCUACAGUUCCAAAAUGCGCCUCACAGGAGCGAAAGAGCUUUAAAAUGUUCAUUGUUCAUCAUUCACAUCAUCCUUUGAUGUCCUCCAUUCACACUGUAAAUUAAAUAGAUUUGAAUGGAAAUAAAUUUACAUAUAAAAAAAACAGUGAUUUUAGUAGAUGUUUAAAGCGGGCAAUAUAAUAGUAGUAUAUUAACAGUCUAUAACAGUCCUUACCUCAAUAACAGGUUUUAUACAGUGCGCUACAAGUGCUGUGUGUGGUCGUGAGGUGUCAGCAGUUGUGUAGUUGGUCCGAGUCGAGUACGAAUGCACUUGAUGUGAGUGGAACACUAACGUAGUGUGAAAGUAAAGCCGCAGUUGAGCUCAUUCUAGUUUGUUCAAAUCCUCCUUUGGUGUGUAGAGAAGCCUGAGCUUUUGUCCUCAUCUAUUGUGAUUCUUUUGUCCCUGGGUCAAGAGUUUUCCUUUUUGUUAUGAGAAUGAACACCAAGCAAUCCCUUUUCACACCUUCCCCCGCCUUCCCCCCUCUUUGUUUUUUGCAGAAAGCCUUGGGGUAUUUAAAAGGGCUAUGGACAAGUUUGUGAUAAAUCUUUUGGUUUUUUUUGUGGGGAUUUUUAAAGAAGAGAAGCGGGAUGGGGUGCAGGGCAGGGUCUCAGCUGUAGGGCUGGAGUGAGUGUGGAGGAGGUGUGUGUGUACCGACAUGUUGGCAACAAAUUACUAAUCUGAAGAAUUUGUACAGUAAAAAAAAAAUAAAGUUUUACGUAAUGCUUUUCA